AUGUCUGACUUUCUUACAGAUGCGAUUAGUCUUUAUGGUACAAUUGAACAUGAUAUGAGACAUUCAAAGGAGUAUUUAGCUAAUAUCAAGUUCAAUUAUGUUGAGGUAAUGCAUAAGUAUAUCUUUCUUAAAGUGUUGCGUGGAGAUAUGAGUGAAGAGAUUAGUUCUCAGAAAGAAGAGUUAGUUAAGAAGAAAGAAGAGAUUGAGAGAUAUAGAAGAAGUAUCGAAUCCUUAUCAGCUGAUAUUUCUAGAGCAACAAAUACAUUAGAAGAUCAAAAACAAAAACUAAGUCAAAUCAAAGAAAAGGAGUUUAUCAUUCGUAAACGUAUAGAAGAAGCAAUGAAUAAGGCCCAAGCAGUAAGUCAGUUUGCUGAAAUUAAACAGAAGAAUAGUACAUACUUGGCCCAGAUAGCUAGUUGUACCUCUGAAAUUGAGCAACGGCAAGUUAAUAUUCAGACGUAUAAACGUUUAGUGGAGGAAAGAAACCGGGCUUUAGUUCAAACGAACAGUCGUAAGUCAGUGGCUGAUGAACGACUUAAAGAUUUGCAACAAGCAGCUAAUCAGCAGAUGGUUUACUUGUACAAUUGGUAUACUCAGUUUGGCUCGGUCUUUAUGCGCUUAGUUGGGGCUAAGAUUAUUGAUAUUAGGAAGAGUGAACAGAAGAAGUUGCAGUCGAUUUAUAGUAGUACUGGGGAAGAGGUGCCUGAUAGGGAAGAGAAGAGUAGUUUGAUAAGCAUUAAGAUUUUGGCGAAGAAGAAGAAUCGGACGGCUGUAAUUACGUUGAGUUUUGUUAAUGGGAAGUUAGAUGCGCAUACGAUUUAUAAGACAGAAGAUACGUUGCAGAUUAAGCCACAAGUAUGUGAUGAGUUAUUUAGUUACUGCCAGACCACUAAUAGUACCAAGUUCUUCUUGUUUGAGAGUAUUAAUCGGCAAAUGGCUGAUAAUGUAUCUUCUAGUUCAGUGUUUGAUCAGCCAUCACGAGUUACGCAUCAUGACUAG